AUGGUAAACUUGGCAGACCAUCGCGUUCAUGAUGGGAAGAGUGCGAACGCGAAGAGGAAAGGCUGGGGGUCCAGGACUUGGUCUACGCAUACGCGUGGACCUUUCGCGAUAAAGGAGCCCUAUGAACUACGCGAAUACGAAAUAAAAGAGAUUAUACGCCAGAGACCAAAUCCUAGGGGAACAGAGAUAAACUUAGCGGAGGUGGUUAAAGGAAAUAUAUCUCAACGACAGGGGAUGCAAUUGGAGUAUUAUCCCCCAAUUAUCAAAGAAGGAGUGAAGGUGGUUCGACUGAAUCAAAUUGAAGUCAAGGAUAAAACCCAGAAAUGGCAGGCAUCCCUAAUUGGGUAUGUAUUGGGAGGAAAUUCAUCGUUUAAAGACAUGUUUAACUUUGUAUAUGGUGUGUGGAGUUUUGUCGCAACUCCACAAGUAUUUCUUCAUGAUGAUGAAUAUUUUGUUUUCAAAUUUGAAUCAGAAGAUGAUAAGAAGCUAGUUAUACAGAAAGGACCAUAUACCUUUAAUAAUCGACCAAUGAUAUUAAAGCAAUAUGAACCUAAAUUUCAAAUCAAUAAGGAGAAAACAAGAAAUAUUCCAAUUUGGGUGAUAUUCCCAGGGCUACCAGUGGAGUAUUGGAUAAAGGAAAAUUUAGGGCGAAUAGCAAGCUGUAUAGGGAAACCUAUAUGCUCUGAUAGGUUAACUGCAGAAGGUGAAAGAAUUUCUUAUGCUAGGAUGUUGAUUGAAAUGGCAAUAUCACAGGAAUUGCCAAAUGUACUGUUAAUUGAGGAGGCGGAGGGUAUACAUAGGGAACAAGAAUUAGAGUAUGAAUGGAGACCAGAUUUUUGUGAAGUUUGUUUCCAAAUAGGCAAACAUGAAGUCAAUUGUGAAAAAUCCCCAAUCGACAAGCAUAAAUAUAGAGAGGAGAAACAGGAUAGACAAGAUGGAAUGAAGCAACAAAAGAAGAUGCAAUGA